GUCCUUCUUCCGACGGCGUCUUUCCCAGUCGGGGUUCAUAUAAUAUAGUACACGGACCACCUCAUUUCUCAAUUCCGACUCUCGAGUACACGUCGCAGUAUUGGAAACCAUGGGCUGCACUCAAUCGACCACUUCAGCCGAGCCUCAACAGCCUGAAGCCCCGACGGCGUCUGGUGCGACCGACCAACCCGCCGCCGCUGCUGUCGUCGCUGCACCUACUACUACUACUACUACCGGUACCGUUGCCGAAACCGAAGCUACGGUGCCGUUGACGUCAGACGCGACGCCCGAGGUCCCUGUUGUUGAUGGCCAAGACGUCACUAUUGUCGGCCACUCGAUCGACGCUAAAGGCGUGGUGCUGUACCACAUUCAAACGCCUGCCACGGACGGCAGCGACCAGCCCGUGAUCGUCAAGAAGCGAUUCAACGAGUUCAAGCAAUUCCACCGUCAAGUGACUGCAUCGUCGACAGACGCGCCAGUUCUGCCAGCGCUGCCCAGCGCCGGCCUCUUCACGACCUUCCAGCGCACUCAAGACACGCUCAUUAAAACCCGUAGCGCGCGGCUCCAACAGAUCCUGCAGGCUGCUUCCCGCGACCAGGUCGUGGCGUUCGUUGCUGAACAGCCUAAGACUCCAGAAGUAGCAGUGGACGAGGCGCCUGUAGUGGUGGCUGAAGUAGAAACAACCAGCGCCACCGCCCCACUGGACCAAAAACCGGUUGAAAGCGCUCCUACUGACACCGCCCCGGCUACGGCUGAAGUGCUGCAGCCGGCUGCUGCUGCUGUAGCCGAGUCUACCGCAGAGGUUGCUGUUCAACCGGCGGCUGUUGCCGAAGUACCCGUGAAGACGGACGCAAUUCCCAAGUCCGAGCCAGUUCAAGUGGUGGAGGUGGCUACCGCCGUCGCUAGCUCCAAGCAACAAGAUGCACCGCCCGCUAACGUGGACGUUGUUGUCCCAGUUGUCCGAGCCGACGAGAAGGCGGCGACAGCCGUGGCGUAAAGCUAACGUUACUGUAGAUACUGUAGCUGCAUAAUAAUAUAUUCCACCGUUUCGUUUCUUUGUCCUCAGCGUUGGACACAGUGC